UUAAUCUUAUCUUAUCUUAAUCUUAAUCUUAUCUUAAUAUAUACUAUAAGCGUUCAACUCCUUUCAAAAUCAAAGCUCGAGAAAUGCGAAAAGGUGUCGGGUAACAACAAAGACCCUCUCAACUGUACUCAAAAAAUCGUCGUCGAUAUGGCUGUUCCUAGUGAAGCAACUGGUGGAGAAGCAUCAAUUACUGCCCAAAUCGACGAGGUUGAAAAUACGACUGAUAACAUGAAAACGCUCCGUGAUCCUCCAACUAUUACUAUCACCAAAUCCGCCGCAUACGCACAGUAUCAAUUGACUUAUAUUCGGGAUGUCGCGUACAGACCUCAAGAGUUGUUUUUUAAGACGCGAAAAUGUUCCUCAAGUGCAGGUGCUAAUGUUGUCCAGCAGUGUGAGAGUUUGCGCGAUAAUCAAGGACGUAUUAUUGAGCAUACUCAGCCAACUUGUUGUCCUUGUGGGAAGUGGCGUCGAGUGCCUUCAUCGUGUGGGAAUUUUUUUAACAAGGUGAGGAAAGGAAAGGCGAACACUGCACACUGCGUCCGUUUCCCAGGUGAUUGGUUCCACGUUUUUGGAAUUGGCCAGCACACAGUUGGGUUCAGCAUAAGGAUACAAGUCAAAAAAGGAACGAAAGUCUCUGAAGUUGUUAUUGGGCCUAAUAAUCGAACUGCUGCGUCAUCUGAUAACUUUCUUAGAGUGAACCUAAUUGGGGACUAUGCUGGAUACUCUGAUGUACCUUCUUUCGAAAACUUCUUUCUUGCUGUUCCUAGACAGGGCAACCCAGGUCAACCACAAGAUCUGGGAAGGAAUUAUUCUAUGUGGAUGCUGCUUGAGCGGAUCAGGUUCACGUUAGAUGGCCUUGAAUGUGAUAAAAUCGGUGUCAGCUAUGAAGCUUUUAAUAGGCAGCCAAAUUUCUGUUCUGCACCAUUUGGAAGCUGUCUCCAUAAUCAGUUGUGGAACUUCUGGGAGUCCGAUCAGAAUAGGAUCAAUAGAAAGCAGAUGCCUCUUUUUACUGUGCAAGGAAAAUAUGAAAGAAUCAAUGAGCAUCCAAAUGCAGGAAGCCUUUCCUUUUCUAUAGGAAUCACUGAAGUUAUAAAUUCAAAUGUUUUAAUAGAACUGAGUGCUGAUGAUAUCGAAUAUGUCUAUCAAAGGAGUCCUGGGAACAUCGUAAGUGUCACAAUACCUACUUUUGAAGCCCUUACUCAGUAUGGGACUGCCACAAUCACAGCUAACAACACUGGUGAAGUGGAAGCUUCGUACAGCUUAACGUUUGAUUGCUCGGGAGGUGUCAGUCAGAUGGAGGAACAAUUUUUCAUUAUGAGGCCAAAUGUAGUUGCGUCCCGCCAUUUUAAAUUGUACCCAACAAAUGAUCAAGCUGCCAAAUAUGUGUGUUUCGCUAUAUUGAAAGAUUCUGACUUUCAUGAAGUUGAUAGAGCAGAGUGUCAGUUUACAACAACAGCCACGGUUAUUGACAAUGGAACCCAGACUGUAUUUGAACCACCAAAAAAUGAAGUAAAAGGCUUCUUUGACUCUAUUGAGGAUUGGUGGCAUAUGCUUUGGGAGGGUAUGGUUGACUUCAUCACCGGAAAAUCUUGCAGAAAGAAAUGCUCCGGGUUCUUUGACUUCAAUUGCCACGUACAUUAUAUUUGUAUGAGCUGGAUGCUGAUGUUUGGUCUAUUUUUGGCAAUCUUUCCUACAGUGAUUGUCCUGGUUUGGCUUCUACAUGAAAACGGACUUUUUGAUCCCUUUUAUGAUUGGUGGGAAGAUCAUUUUUGGGAUGAUGAGCGGAAAAUCCAACACUUGAGAAAACAUGCCAUACAUGUCCAUCAUAAGAAGAAACCAAAACAUCAUACUGAUGGUCAUCAUACAAAUCAAAAAGAUGAUCAUCAGGAGCAUCGACACAACGUUAAGAAGGACAAACACAAACAUGAGCGAAUAAAGGCUUCAAGUAUCAUCAAACAUCCACUUUAUUUGGGUGCAGGGGAUGAUGAUGAUGAUGAUGAUAAUGUCGGUGAAAGGAGGCAGAGAAAGGAAAGAGGAAAUAUGGAACUAGUGAAGUUUUCUAAACAUGGUGAUAGAACUGUGAACAAGCACGGGCAUGCUACAUCAGAAGACAAACGCCAUAAGCAUCUGCAUUCCAAGAGAAAGUUAUAG